AUGUCCGCUCCCGACCAAGACCAGUCACAACCCCCCUCGCAAUCGAUAAAGGAAUCAUCAUCACAGAUCCAAUCGCAAGACCACGCCGUCCAACACCGACCCGAGACCGAAUCGCAUCCCGGCGCCGGCGCAUCGUCAACAUCAACAACAACACCGGCACCAGGAGCAACCUCAGCAACGACAGCGCAAGCGUCGCAACAACCACAAGAACCAUCACAGCAAGCGCAAGAAACACAACCACAACAACCGCCCGCCUCACCUCCCCUCCCCCAAAAACACACCCCCGCGACCCCCGGCCCCCGCGCGGGACGCUUCAUCCAGCUCUACGACGGCGCCCUCGCCAGCACCCUCCGCAAAGUAAACUACGACAACUUCGCCUCGUGCUUCCCCACCGUUGCCGCCCACGCGCCGAAUACCCUGCGCAACGUCCAGAAGCAAAUGGUGGAUUACCUCGAGGAGAGGUGUAACAAAGACUUCCAAUCGAUCCUCGCCGACCGCGACGUCAUCCGCAAACUAAACGAGCUAGAAAACCUCGUCAGCGACGCAGACCGCAGGAGACAAGAAGGCGGCAGCGACGUCGAAGAACCAAUCCCGUACGUCACACUCCCCUUCCCCCUCUCUCCCUUCUCGGGCCUCAACACUCUCCCACACGUCCUCCCCCCCGACGAAAUCCUAACGGCCCACCUCGCCCCGCGCCUCGCCCCGCAGCAAUCGACCCUCAACGCCCGCCUCCAAAAUACCCAGGCCUCCAACGAAUCCCUCUUCGCCUCCAUCCAGUCUCAGCGCGCAGAGAUCGAUGCUCUCUUAGCCCAGCUCGAGAGCCAGGUCGCCGAUAUCGACGGUGCCAACGCGUUGCUCGUGGACGUUGCGCCCGAGCUGGCGGCCGAGGCGCGGGCUUCCGAGGUGGAGAUGGCGGGUAUGUGA